GCAGCACACGCUUCUGCCUUCACAAACUGAGCCACACACGCCAGGGGAAAGUUGGAGGCAGCGCAGCCACAGAGGGCUUCCACCUGCUCAGAGGCUGUGGGAAAGCAGCACCUUUCCCAGAUUGUCCUUGGGAGGUGGCAAAGCUCUGUGCCUGCUGGAGCACUGCCGACCACUGUCACCAACCAAACAUGCAGAGCACAUGAGAUGCCACAGGACCUGACCCCAUGGUCACUCAGAGGAAAGGAGAAGGCAAGAGAGGAAAAGGGAACAGCUGGGACCCACCAGCAGCUGCUACAGGGGAUCAACUCUAGCACUGAGCUCUCAGAUGGAGCCAACAGGCACAAUCAAGUCACAUGGCCACAUCUUUCCCUCGACCAUGUCAUUCCUAGCAUAUGAGGCUGAACACGUGAAGUGACUCUGCAAUGUUCUCCGAGGUCACUGUAGGCCUAAGGUCGCUUUGGAAAGGGCUCUCGGGCUGCCUGGCAGAGGGUCACUCCAAGUAGCUUCAAAGCCAGUGAGAGCAGGACUGCUCCAUCCACGCGACUGCGCUAUGGAUCCGUGCUUCAACCAUACAAGCUCUCAAAAAAGGAUGGACUUCCCCCUGCAGCUGCUGGUUGGAUCCUGCCUCGCCAUCCUCAUCGUGAUCACUCUCUGCGGUAACAUCAUUGUCUGCCUGGCUGUCACUCUUGACCGCCGGCUCCGCAGCUUGACGAACUGCAUCAUCGUCUCCUUGGCCAUCACCGACCUGCUGCUGGGCCUUCUGGUGCUGCCGUUCUCUGCCUUCUAUGAACUCACCAAAGAGUGGCCCUUUGGCAGCAUUUUGUGCAACAUCUACACCAGCCUGGAUGUCAUGCUGUGCACAGCUUCCAUCCUCAACCUCUUCAUGAUCAGCCUGGACCGCUACUUUGCCGUGACCACCCCACUCCGCUACAGCCAGGUGGUCACUCGCUCCCGGGUGGCUGUGGGUUUGGUUGUUAUUUGGACUGUUUCACUGAUGGUCUCCUUCCUACCCAUCCACCUGGGCUGGAACACCAAUGGGACAGCAGUCCAAAACACAGUCCCUAACUGCAACAAGGAGUGCACGCUGGAGGUGAACCCUGUGUAUGGGCUAGUGGAUGCCUUACUCACCUUCUACAUCCCUUUGGUCAUCAUGUGCAUCACCUACUACCGGAUAUUCAAGAUAGCAAGGGAGCAAGCCAAGAGGAUAAACCACACAUGGUGCUGCAGCAGCAACACCCCCAUGCCACCCAUGGUGAAAGAGCACAAAGCCACUGUGACACUGGCGGUGGUGAUGGGAGCAUUCAUUGUGUGCUGGUUCCCCUAUUUCACAGUGUUCACAUACCGAGGGAUGUGGGGAGACAGCAGCGUGAAAGGCACACCCAUGUCCAUUGUCCUCUGGCUGGGCUAUGCCAACUCAGCCCUGAAUCCCAUCCUCUACGGGACACUCAACAGGGAUUUCCGGGUGGCAUACCAGCACUUGCUGCACUGCUGGAGGACUGGGGGCCCCAGGAGCUCCCACCUGCCCCCGCUCCAGAAGGCCCCAUCCAGGGGCAGGAGCUGCAGGCGGGGACAGGGCGGGCAGGAGGGUAAAUCUCUGAAACUGGAGAUGAGGAAUGGAAAAGGGAUCUUGCUGACUGAUGGAGCCCACAAGAGCACCAGAGCUUUCCCGUGAGUCUCAGCCAGCCCGCUGCCCUAGGACCCAUGUCUCCCAAACUUCAACUCCUGGCUGCCCUCUUCCAAAAUCCUGUGAGGUUGGAAGGACAACACUCAGUUUUCCUCGGGGAGAAACUCAACAGCAGAGGUGAGGGCUGCAAGGAUCCCUGCUCUGGCACGCAGCAUUCGCUCCAUCCCCAAACACUGCUGGAGAGGCCUUUGUGUGCCCAAGUUUCUUCCCAGGAGGGUGAUGUGUUUGAAGAGCCCUCAGAGGAGCUGCAGAAGAGCUUCUUCCCUGCCCUGUGGGGGCUGUGACACCUCCAGCACCGAGCCCUGCAGCAGCAGGUCGUGGUGCCCAAGGAGCAGGGUCAGGAGCCAGCGUGUGCCCCUGGCAGGGCUGGGAUGGGGGUGCCCUCCCCAGGCCCAGGGUGGUGCGUCAGGCUGAGAGGACGCAGGGCAGGGGGAAAAAGGGGCUAUGGUCAAGGUUUUGGUGCCAGACAGACCAGCCUAGGACAGAGAAGGGGAGCACAGGCACAACCCUCCUCCCUGGUACCUUGUCCAAGGGACAUAUCCACCCUUCAGAGGGAGCAGGGGUAUGCGUCAGGAAGGCUCAGCACGGCGGAUGUCGGCAGCCAGGAGUGCCAGAUGUCCGUGCACAGGACACCCAGUCCUCCAGCAUCCAUGCCGGGGCAAGACUGCCUCUGCCGUUGGGAAGGUUUUGGCGUUAUCAGGGCUGUCCCUGCUCUCUGUGUCUGUUUCACACCCCCUGUCCCAGCCCAAUUGUAAGAAAGAGAGAGGCCCGGGAGCCUGCUGGGCCAUGGGGAGACACUAAGCACCCAGGGUUUGACCCUGAGCUCUGCCCUUCCCGGCAGCUCAACACUAAGACUAGCAAAACAGGAUGUUUCUGCACUAAGCUUGUGCAGAAGUCAUCAGUGGUAUAAAAAUCUA